GAUAAAUGUGACUCCGCCGCGAGUAAUGUUUUUAAAUCACCUUGUCCUAAUCGAGAAAUGGUAUAUGUGUUAUAAUAUGUAUAUUUAUUGCAAUCGAAAUUGAUUAAUGCAAUGUAAAUCGUAAAUGUACAGGUUACAGAACGGACUAUGUUUUCAAUAGCGGAUGGAUAUUGUCACAUGACGCUUUUCUACGUCACAACGUUUUCUUUGUAUAAAUACAGCGCUCCCUCAAUGAAAUAUAUUUAACCCAGAAGCAAGAAGAAAUUACAAACUAUUUCUUGAAAUCUUCUUUGCGGUCAAUCGUGCAAAGAUGCAGAUCUUCGUGAAGACCCUGACAGGCAAGACCAUCACCCUCGAGGUUGAGCCAAGCGACACCAUUGAGAAUGUGAAGGCCAAGAUCCAGGACAAGGAGGGCAUCCCGCCAGACCAGCAGAGGCUGAUCUUCGCCGGCAAGCAGCUGGAAGAUGGCCGCACCCUCUCAGACUACAACAUCCAGAAAGAAUCCACCCUCCAUCUUGUGCUGCGUCUCAGGGGAGGUAUGCAGAUCUUCGUCAAGACCCUGACAGGCAAGACCAUCACCCUCGAGGUUGAGCCAAGCGACACCAUUGAGAAUGUGAAGGCCAAGAUCCAGGACAAGGAGGGCAUCCCGCCAGACCAGCAGAGGCUGAUCUUCGCCGGCAAGCAGCUGGAAGAUGGCCGCACCCUCUCAGACUACAACAUCCAGAAAGAAUCCACCCUCCAUCUUGUGCUGCGUCUCAGGGGAGGUAUGCAGAUCUUUGUCAAGACCCUGACAGGCAAGACCAUCACCCUCGAGGUUGAGCCAAGCGACACCAUUGAGAAUGUGAAGGCCAAGAUCCAGGACAAGGAGGGCAUCCCGCCAGACCAGCAGAGGCUGAUCUUCGCCGGCAAGCAGCUGGAAGAUGGCCGCACCCUCUCAGACUACAACAUCCAGAAAGAAUCCACCCUCCAUCUUGUGCUGCGUCUCAGGGGAGGUAUGCAGAUCUUCGUCAAGACCCUGACAGGCAAGACCAUCACCCUCGAGGUUGAGCCAAGCGACACCAUUGAGAAUGUGAAGGCCAAGAUCCAGGACAAGGAGGGCAUCCCGCCAGACCAGCAGAGGCUGAUCUUCGCCGGCAAGCAGCUGGAAGAUGGCCGCACCCUCUCAGACUACAACAUCCAGAAAGAAUCCACCCUCCAUCUUGUGCUGCGUCUCAGGGGAGGUAUGCAGAUCUUCGUCAAGACCCUGACAGGCAAGACCAUCACCCUCGAGGUUGAGCCAAGCGACACCAUUGAGAAUGUGAAGGCCAAGAUUCAGGACAAGGAGGGCAUCCCGCCAGACCAGCAGAGGCUGAUCUUCGCCGGCAAGCAGCUGGAAGAUGGCCGCACCCUCUCAGAUUACAACAUCCAGAAAGAAUCCACCCUCCAUCUUGUGCUGCGUCUCAGGGGAGGUAUGCAGAUCUUCGUCAAGACCCUGACAGGCAAGACCAUCACCCUCGAGGUUGAGCCAAGUGACACCAUUGAGAAUGUGAAGGCCAAGAUCCAGGACAAGGAGGGCAUCCCGCCAGACCAGCAGAGGCUGAUCUUCGCCGGCAAGCAGCUGGAAGAUGGCCGCACCCUCUCAGACUACAACAUCCAGAAAGAAUCCACCCUCCAUCUUGUGCUGCGACUCAGGGGAGGUAUGCAGAUCUUCGUCAAGACCCUGACAGGCAAGACCAUCACCCUCGAGGUUGAGCCAAGUGACACCAUUGAGAAUGUGAAGGCCAAGAUCCAGGACAAGGAGGGCAUCCCGCCAGACCAGCAGAGGCUGAUCUUCGCCGGCAAGCAGCUGGAAGAUGGCCGCACCCUCUCAGACUACAACAUCCAGAAAGAAUCCACCCUCCAUCUUGUGCUGCGUCUCAGGGGAGGUAUGCAGAUCUUCGUCAAGACCCUGACAGGCAAGACCAUCACCCUCGAGGUUGAGCCAAGUGACACCAUUGAGAAUGUGAAGGCCAAGAUCCAGGACAAGGAGGGCAUCCCGCCAGACCAGCAGAGGCUGAUCUUCGCCGGCAAGCAGCUGGAAGAUGGCCGCACCCUCUCAGACUACAACAUCCAGAAAGAAUCCACCCUCCAUCUUGUGCUGCGACUCAGGGGAGGACCUUAAGUUUCCCUUGCUUUUUAAAAAAGUUACUGAUUAUAGUUUUUUAUUCUUGAAGCCAUAAAGGCACAAUAAAGGUAUUUCAUUUA